AUGGACUCCGUCCCAGAGUGGUUCCGUGAGAAGAUGAUACUGACAGAGCCUUCGCUCAUGUUUAGCUUCAGCUAUCCAAACGGUGAACCUCAGACACCGACGAGGACUCCUACAACUACAGUGUUCGGUGAUUCCGCCUUUCAGACACCCAAGCUCGAAUCUAGUUUUUUCGACCCUCGAGUUACCUGGGACACGUCAGAUCCUUAUGCGUCGAGUCCGGAGUUCCUUCGAACACCCCAGCGAUUCGGCUUGAGCACCCCUUCGAACGCACUACGACUGCCAGACACGGUCCCGGGUCGAACUGGAGGGGUGGAUGCUUUGCAGGGCUUGGAACAGGAGACUGAUACGGCCAGAAGAGUACGGUCCGCAAAACCUAAUGGUGGCUCAGGCGAGGACGGUCCUCGGACCGUAGACUCUGCAAAGUCUGCUGCUUCAAUGCAAACUCCACCCCCAAGCAGUGCAUCGAGAAGGAAAAUAACCGGGUUGGACAAUGUCAUCGACACAAACAGAAAGCACUCUCCGCAUGGUGGUCAUCUGGAGACUCCUAGCCGCUUACUAGGUGCUUCGCCCAGGUUUUUUGCGGGUCUCCAGUCCUCUCCAGACCCUUUCGACCUGGCGGCGAUUGAUCCGUCUGCCUCGCCUUUCUUUCCUCAGCAGAGCCUGAGUUUGUCUGGGAACAGCAUGAACCCCUUCGACUCGAGUGCCCCAACUUCUGCCAAUCAGGGCCAUAAUCAAACGUUGCAGGACGCUCGAAUUCCGCAACUACCAGCGAUCGACGUCACCCUUGACCUUCCCGAAGUUCACGGUCCCACGUAUAGUCUCUCUGCUGCUCCUUCCGAUGCAGCCCUGUUCCCAGCUCCUUUCUCCACUUCGCCCCGUCUUCCUAUAGCCAAGGCCGAAGAUCCGGCUUUGUUUCUCUCUUCACCAGCCCGCCGUUUCGGCGGCCCUCAGCUCAGCCCAGAUAAGAGACUCUUUUCUAAGCAACCCAGACAACCAUAUCACCACCAGACUGAGGAAUUCAAGCGAGAAGAGCUUCGCCGUGCGCAGAGCAUUAACCAUUCUCUCACAGGCUUCGACGAGGAGGAGGACGAUGAUGAUGAUUUUACUCCUCGUCGAUCCCGGCCGGGGCUCGCUCGCAGUGUGACUCAUGCUGCUAUAAAUGCUCCCCCUCCGCGUUCCGUAUCGGGACAGUCUGCGUCUGGAAUGAUGGCUUCCAGCAGUGGCAUUCGCAAAAGCCCGUCCAAGGGACGGUCCUCCCCCAUCAAACCCCUCCGUCAACAACUCACCAGAGCGAAUACGGUUGCGUCUGGGUUUCCUACUCGCUCUCAGUCGGUGAUUUUAAGAAUAGGCAAGGAUGGUAGAGCAAAGACCGAGAUGCAGACCGUUGCUGAGGCAUCCACCGGCCUGACAGACCCUGUGAGUGGAAUGGAGAUUGACCGAUUCGCAACUGAGAAUGAAUUCGACUCUGCCGAUCUUUCCGAGUACCCAAUUGUUCCUACCCGCAACUCGUCCUUCGCAUAUUCGGACGUCGGCGAACCUACUGUGGCCCACAGUGACUCUGGCUCCCGGCCCCAUUCGAAGGGCUCCUAUACCUCCACUGCUGCCUCAUCCCAAUCUGGUAGAGCGUCACCCUGGGCUAGUUCUUCUCGAGUCCCUGCGAGACGGCCCGUGUACCGAGCGGAUGAGUGGAAUAGGACAACUCCCAAGCGGCAGUCGAUGUUGAUAAACUCGGAUCUCACCUUCCCUAGCGUUGGGACCCCUUCGGGACUCCUUCCUGAGAACGAAGAUGAUUCUGGCGAUGCCCAGCACGCACUUCGAAAAGUUCUUGAAGGAAGAGGACGACUUCCACGGUCCCAGACAAUCGGCUAUGGGUCACGGUCCAAUAGGUCCUCACUCUCCUUUGCACAUCUACGCUCGUCUCCCCCACGCUUCGGUGGGGAUCUUGACCUGAAUUCUCGGCCACCUAACACUUCCCCAACCACCAUGACAGACCCCGACCUUGCUACUCCGACCACUGAACGCUACAGCAACCCAAGCAAUAGCACCAGAUGUGUUUGCCAGUCCAUGGACAAUGGCGGCCAUCUCAUGAUCCAAUGCGAAUCGUGCAACCAUUGGCUCCAUACCAAGUGUGUCGGACUUGAGCGGUCGAAUCUGCCGUCUGUGUAUGUGUGCGUAUUUUGCGCCCAGACACCGACUAGGAAGAACCGGGUUCGAGGUCCAGUCAGUGCCACCGAACAUGCGCCAACUUCACCUCUGGCUCAUAAAUCCUUCCGAUUCCGGUAA